GUACAUGGAAUAUCCGUUAUUCAUUCAAUCGUCGCCACGCAGGAUAAACAAUUCUGUCUAUCAGUAUCGAACUGAAGAGCUCGUGCACGUAUUAAUUCUUAGAAAAACAAGCUGUUUGUUUUUCCUACAAGGUGUCUCUAAGAGAAUUUCUGACUCUCCAACACGCCGUGUUCAUAUUGCAGGAACAUCCGGGCUGCUUCUUUCGUUAAAGUUGUUUAGUGGUUGUUCUCGCGUUCAUCUAUUUCUUGCUCUUGUAACAACGGUAACUGAAAUCCUUUUACUGNGUAAGUUCCGUGACUUGAUUUUCAUAAAUUAUUUAUGCAACUUUCUGUAUCAAAGAAAGUGCAUUGAAGUUUUUUUUUUAACUGUUUGAAAAUUUUAAAGAAUUUUCUUGUUCUGAAGAACUUGUCUUUCUAAUAUUAGAUUUGUUAUACCUGUUCCGCAGUUUCCGCUUGAGAAAUCAAAAUUUUCCUAAACGUUAGAAGAGGAAACAGGCAAUUCCCAUGCAUUAAAAUAAAGAAUGUGAGUCAUAAAUGAACAUGUAAGUAGAAUUUUAUUUUACAGAGAAACACAAUAGGAUACGAAGUCGAGAAACCUCGGACUAAACGAAAAAUUUGCAAAAAAGAUAUCUAAAACGAAGUGGAUUGUUCAUGUUUCAAAGCCUUGAAAAACUCAUGCCAUGUAUGUUAUUCUCAUUAUAUAGUGUUUGAAAGAAUCAGUUUCAUCCAUGAAAAAUGCUGAAUGCCUUUGACUUUUAGAAUUUUAAAGAAAGGUUUCGACAAGCGACUGAUUUCACAAAAUUUGCACGUUUGAACAAAGCCGUUCGCCAUCUCAUUUAUUCUGAAAAUUUGCGAACUUGUGUAUAGUGGUGAAAUAAACAAAAUGUUCUUUUUUUGCACACACACACAUAUAUAUAUAUAUAUAUAUAUAUUGUUGGAUAUUAGAGAAAAUACCUUGGGAAAAAAUCACUCAAAGAAUUGAUUAUUUCAUUAUUCCCCUGUAGUAUUUGCUGGUCGAUUAGCUCAAGUGGUUAGAGCGCCGUGCUAAUAACGCGGAGGUUCUGAGUUCAAG